CUGGGGCCUGGGGUGCCUUGCGGCCAGCCUGGAGCACGCCACCGCCACCAUGAAGGCCAAAUUAUCGGAAGACGAUUCGGGGCGGCCAGGGGCGGCCGUCGAGGACACGUAGGACAUCCUGGGGGCGUCCCGGUAAAUGCCGGAGCGGGGAAGGACGACAGGAUCACCUUGGCCCGCGACUGCCAGAAACAACACCCAGAGCGUUCGCUCCUACUUGCUAGAGCCCAAGUACAUACGCCAGCUCGUGGUCAAAGGUCAAGGGGGUUCUCGAGGAAAAUUCACCCGGACGGAGAUCGGCGACCUCAACAAGGCGGCCAAAGUUCACUACUUCCCCGUGCAGCCGGCCAACAAACUCAUCGACAUGAAGCUCGACAUCAAGAAGCGCAUGGAGCACUCCGAGAGGGUGUUCCACCCUGAGAAGAAGAUCGACAACAACGCGCCCCGCCUGUACCCGCGCAUCCCGCGGACGGAGCGGGCCGCGUACCGCCUGGACGACAUGAUGCUGGAGAACAAGAAGCUCCUGGAGAGGAUCUGCACCAUCUGGCGGACCAAGGGCAAGGUGGACACGUCGGCGCCGAACGUGGAGUGGAAGUCCAACUACCGGCAGCGGAUGUGGGACAUGGUGAGGCGCGAGGCGGACAACGUGGCGCUGCUCUACUUCAUCCAGACUGCGACUCCACAGGUCCCGACGCGCGACGAGUGCGCCCGGGACUUCAACAAGGCCGUGGAGAAGAUGAAGUUCGUGUGUCGGUUCCCGCUGCUCUUCCUCAAGGACACGAACAGGGACAUGCCGCUGCCCAUGCUCAACCCGCCGCCCGUGGACCCGGAAGCACCCCGACGGAAGAGGGUCUUCAUGGAGUUCAUCACGAGCCAGGAGCGCUUGCUGGGCCGCAUCGAGGUGGAGCUGUUCGAGGAGCAGGCGCCGCAGACGGUGGCCAACUUCCUGGCGCACAUCCGGGGCGAGGCGCCGCGGCCCGAGGAGGACGCCGAGGACGCCGCCAAGGACAGGAAGAAGGACACCCCCACGACGUACUCCUACAAGGACACGCCGCUGCACCGCAUCCUGCCCGGCUACUACUGCCUGGGCGGCGACGUGGUCAACAGGAACGGGUCGGCGGGCAGCUCCAUCCACGGCGGGGAGCCCUUCCCCGACGAGAAGAACGACCUCACGCACUGCGAGCCGGGACUGCUGUGCACGAUCGGCGCCAAGGCGGACAGCAACGACUCCAAGUUCAUGUUGACGAUGAAGGCGCUGCCUACACUGGACGACAAGAGCACCGUCUUCGGCCGCAUCGUCAAAGGCUUCGAGGUCCUCCAGGCAAUCAACGCGCUGGGCGCCAAGGCGAGCGGCAAGCCAGUGGUGCAGGUGUACUGCUGCGACUGCGGCGACGUGGUCCGCGAGGACCGCAAGAAG